AUGAGAAAACAUAAUCACCCAUUCCAUUUAGUGGAUUAUAGACCAUGACCAUUAACAGGAUCAAUUGGAGCACUAACAUUAGUAUCUGGUAUAGUAAUAUGAUUCCAUAAAAAUAAUAUUUCAAUAUUCAUACUAGGGGUAUCAAUUCUAUUAUUAACAAUAUAUCAAUGAUGGCGAGAUAUCGUACGAGAAGGGACAUUUCAAGGCAAGCAUACCUUAAAAGUAGUACACGGGCUAAAAUUAGGAAUAAUUUUAUUUAUUAUUUCUGAAGUAUUAUUUUUUGUAUCAUUUUUCUGGGCAUUCUUCCAUAGAAGACUUUCACCAACCAUUGAAAUUGGUAUAAUAUGACCCCCUAAAGGAAUUAUAACAUUUAAUCCUAUACAAAUCCCAUUAUUAAAUACUAUAAUCCUGCUAUGUUCAGGAAUUACUAUUACAUGAGCACACCAUUCAUUGAUAGAAAAAAACUUCAGACAAACCACCCAAGGUUUAAUAUUAACUGUAAUUUUAGGGUUAUAUUUCACUUUACUUCAAGGAUAUGAAUACUAUGAAGCAAUAUUCUCAAUCAGAGAUUCAAUUUAUGGGUCAUGUUUCUUUAUAGCUACCGGAUUCCACGGAAUCCAUGUAAUUAUUGGGACCACAUUCAUUUUUAUAUGUUUAAUUCGACAUAUAAAAUACCAUUUUUCCAGAAAGCAUCAUUUUGGAUUCGAAGCAGCUGCAUGAUAUUGACAUUUUGUAGACGUAGUAUGACUAUUUUUAUAUAUUACUAUUUACUGA